AUGUCUCUGAACGACAGCAUGGCAAUUAGCAAUAGCGGCUCGGAUGCUGCGCACAACGAAAAUUAUACCACAGCACCAAGAAACCCUCAUGGUAAUAGCGGUCCGGAUGCUGUGCAUACCGAGAAUUACAGCACAGUACCACGAAUUCCACUGCCGCAAAUGAGUGAAGAGAACAUUGAGGCCUACUUUUACGCCUUAGAGUUCUGGUUUCAAGCUUCGCUCAUAUAUUCAGACUCCAGAAAAUUCCAUAUCGUUUUAGCAAACCUUUCGCCGCCUAAACUACUUGAGCUUAGGUCGAUCAUCGAGACAGCGCCGGCAACUGGAAAAUAUCGAUACAUUAAGCAGAAGGUAACGGAUCAUUUCACUGAUAGUCAGCAACGGCGCCUGCAGAAGGUGCUCAAAGACAUGCCGCUUGGCGACCGUAAACCAAGCGAACUUUUCAGCGAGAUGAAGCGCGUUGCUGGCACCACGCUCAACGACAGCCUAUUGCACGACUUGUGGGUAACGCGUCUUCCACCGUAUGUACAAGCAGCUGUAAUAGUAGCAAAAGUGCCCCUCGACGAAAAAGCUAAAAUUGCUGAUUCCAUCGUGGAAUCCAUUGAUUGGCAAAACGGUCAUGUGGAUGUUGUGUCUACACACAACGAAAUUUCUAACCUCAAAAGCGAGAUCGCAGAAUUAACUCGAAACAUGCAAAAGCAUUUAACCUUGAAGGACCGUCCUCUUCGAUCAAGGUCACCUUCUCGAGCAAGGAGCGUACGGCGCGACAACCGACAUGCCACUUCGGGACUUUAUUGUUGGUAUCAUCGGACAUUUGCCGACAAAGCAACGAAGUGUCGCAAGCCAUGUGCGUUUUCCCAGAAACGAUCGUCUCAAUAA